AUGUCUUCAGUUCAUAAUUAUCGGGUGAGCAAGCCCGCACAGCGUACGUCAACAUGCGACAUGUGCAGGUCCAGGCAUCAAAAGUGCGGCGGGGAACAGCCACAGUGCUCGAAUUGCAAGCUACGGGCCAUAAACUGUUCCUACAGCGGCGCGAAGACACGAGUACCAGAGACUAGUAGAUCGCCUGGAUCUACCUUUGCACUGCCAUCGAGCCGCCCGUCCAUUUCAGAUGCCGACUACGACCGCCUUUACGCAGAGAUAUUCGGUGACAUCGUUCGACGCCUUAAUCUAGAUAAGGGUGGCAGAUCGGGUUCUCAUGAAGAUGCUCUUCUGGAUGCGCGACCAGGCAAUGCAAGCUUGCCAAUGUUUCAUCGCGAAGUCUCCUCCAUAGUCAGGGAGCAGGUCUCACAUGAUAGCUGGCUUCCCACUUCCCAAUCUGAUGCCAACCUCAUCAAUGAGUCCGCUCUUGAACGGAGCCCGGACCAUAUCCGUAAGAUCCUGAGAGAUUCCCUCCCAUCGCAAGAGGUCUCUCGGCACCUUCUCGAUAUGUUUUUUGACUACCAGGACUCCAUCUUCUAUGUAUGUAAUAGAGAGGAAGCGCAGGCCCAGCUGGCCCUUAUGUAUGAAGAACCGGCUGGGGUCAGCAUAUCUUGGUUUUGCCAGAUGUUCUUAAUCUUCGCUGUAGGUGUCCAAUUCGACGAUGUCUACGACACCGAUGGAACAACAUACCACGAGAUCGGCCAAAAGUACAUUGAUGAUGCCAUUGAUGAGAACCCGCAGAGCACGAUAUGGAUUAUUCGGGCGAUGCUUCUGCUUUGCCUCUUCCAGCCACCAACGAAAUGGAACUCCGUAUGGAUGCACCUUGAUACCGCCAUUCGAGGGGCCCAAAGAUUUCAGCUAGAUGUGGGACACAAUCUUCUGAAAGAAUUAUCCGACAACGAGUAUCGGGAAUGGCGCCGGCUAUGGUUAACUAUAAUCUCCUUUGACCGCUGGGUAGCAAUUUUCCUAGGACGACUACCACGCGUCAAGGAAAGUAUUUCUAGAGAUCCCAUUUUGAAGGACCCGAAUUUCAGAUUUACCUUGACGGACACCAUUCAAAAUAACAUUACAACUUUAGCAAUAAUAUCGGGAGAUAUAUUACGCGAUAUGUAUUUCUCAGAGCAGCCCAGUCUCAACACAUGCCGUCAAUACAAAACUGAGCUCAAAAAAUGGACAUCGAGUUUACCGAAUCCUCUUCAGCAGUACAUCCAAUCGGGCGAAUUUCCAAAAUUCCCUAAGGACCAGGCUGAAUCCACAGUUAGUUUUGAAGCAGGAGGUCUUGGGGAUUCAUCUGACACGGUGUUAGUUGAAUUUAUAUUUCAUGCACCUAGGGGCGUGGAUGUUAGUCACAAGGCCAUUCUUAUUGAGGGCGUUGAAAAUGGAGACGUCAGCAUUGACUCUGCAUCUCGUCUUAUCAACAAUGCCACCACAAUGUUAGGUUCAUCAUCUGCACCAAGGAAGUCAUUCAUGCCAGUGUUUUUCUUGAUCAACGCAGCCCACAUCAUGAUUCUUGCAGCAGUCUGGAAGCUAAAGCAAAACAGAGGCGGUUACGGAAUGCAAGGGCCAUACGACCAGCCCCGCGAGCUCGCCGCAAUCGACGCCUCGAUUCAAAUCCUCGAGUUCUGCGGCCACAGAAAUCCCUUUGCGCGCAGGUAUUCAAUCUCGAUCAAAGACCUCCAACGACAAUUAGUUUCCGGCCUCUCGGCCAAGCCCUCUCCGGGUUUGGGCUCGGGACCUCCCCUCUCCUCCAUGUCCUCUUCAGCCUCCGUAACGGAUUCCGACCCCGCGGCCGAAAGCCCCUAUUUCCAGAACCUGAGGGUUUCGGUCGAGCAGAGUGGUAGUGCACCUACUAUAGCAGCCUUGAGACCUUCUUUUGGUGCGCAAACAUCAUAUACAUCUGAGAGUCCUUUGAAUAUUAGCCUCGAAGGCUGGUCGCCGGGUCGGCUUAGGACGCUGAGCCCUGGGGAUGAGGAUCUUUAUGUGGAGUUCGCGGUCGACGACAUCACUGAGAUCAGCUGGAACGACUCCCUUUGGAAUCAUCUUUCGAUACAGCCUAAGCAGAAGAAUCUCACACUGGCUCUUGUAGUAUCUCAUUCGCAACGAAUACCCGAUUAUUCAUUUGAUAUUAUUAUCAUAGGGAAGGGUCGUGGUCUGAUUAUACUCUUCUAUGGACUACCUAGAGUUAACAAGACGCUGACUGCUGAAGCACUGUCGGAGCACCUGCGGAGACCGCUCUAUACCGUGGAUCUGAGCAGCGAUACAGCAAAGCUCGAGAAGCAGCUUUCGCUUCACUUUGAGCUUGCGGAUCACUGGAACGCUCUGCUUCUUCUCGAUGAGGCUGACAUGUUUUUGCGCAAGCGCGACACGGAUUAUACCCACAACCCACUCGUCUCGGUGUUCUUACGCAAGGAUUUUGAUCGUGGGAUCCAGAGCAGGAUCCACCUUGCGCUUCGGUAUGGUCCUUUGGGUGCUUGGAAUACCUUUCUUCAAAAUGCAAUCACGGCGGGCGGGAAAGCAGACCACAGUGAUGAGAACCUUGACGACCCUGCAAAGCACGAGCUCCAUGGUCGCCAGAUCAGGAAUGUCGUCCGAUCACCCACAGCUAGCCACCUUGCAAGCUCUUUCUACUGCCGUAUCUCUACCCCUCCCGCUUCUUCUAUUAGCGCUUCCUCGCUAAGUUCCCUCCUCCCAAGUGAUUCUACUGCUACCCGAGUAUCCGCUGCUCUUACUCAAGGCCCUGAGCUGGGGUACUAUAUCGACAAGCAUCUCGCAGCUCUUCUAGUAGACUACUAG